AUGAAGCAGAAGCUAACCUACUGGUACGACCCAAAGUCUCCAAGAAACUCGUACGGGUGCAGCGUCUCGAUGGGCUCGGAAAAAAUAUCUGCCUGCGGGCCUAGUAGAUCCGAAGCCGCAGCUGCCGUUGCCGCAGUAGGGCCCGUUUCGGCCUGA